AUGCCGACAGAAACAUUUGGACCAGAUCCAUUUUUCUGGACCUACAUCAUUGUUUCUGGCCUCAUCAUAGCGAUCGCCCUGUUCUUGAUUACCAAGCCGUUUUGGGAGAAUCGCUGGCUUAUGGAGAAAAUCAACGCGCAGAAGCUGAAGUUCAUCACCCAAGAGCAAGAGGUGACCCCCCUGGACCAGUUCGAGCUUGGGAGGAUGUACACCUCAUUGAAGGACUUUCCCAGUGCGUUGGCAGAGUUCGAAGAGGUCGAGGAGGACUUUAACGAGGUCGGGGGCACCUUGGAUCCCGAGGAUUCCAUGGGGGCCUUGGCAGCGCGGGCCCAGCUUCACAACAGCAAAGGCUUUGCCCUCAUGAAGUUGGAGCCACCGCGAACUGCUCAAGCAAGGCGAGAGUUUGUCAGAGCAGUCACGUACUGGCCUGAAUUUCCAGAGGCCUUGAUCAACAUCGGAAAAGAGCUCAUGAAGCGAAAGCGCUUCGAUGUCGCUGUCCGCACCCUCAACACGGCAUUGAAGUGGCAGCCCGGGAACCAGGAAUUCUCGGAUUACGCAGAGCAGGCAAGGAAAGCAAUGGAUGGGGAACUAUCGAAGGAAGAAAUGAAACAAAUCGUCGCAUAG